AUGUCUAACACGAAACGAACAACAGCUUCAAUAGCUCAACAGCCCUUCUCCGACGUUUAUUCUCAGCGCGAUUCCGUUCGAUCGGACGAUCAGACUGUUACCGAACAGCUGCGCAUGAGGAUGGCCAAUGCCACGAUUGCUGACCCAGUCGAUGAGACGCAUUGGUACUCUCCGUACGGCCAUUGCAUCGAUGCGUCGAAUUACAUGUGCGCUAAUUCAGCCGAACGUCAGUUGGUAUGUAAAGAGACCGAUUUGCCAGCAGAAUCGUGCAUCCCGAAAGACAGAAUGAAGGGGCAAAGUAUUGAAAUUGCCUUUUUCGCGGUCACUGUUUUCUCUAGUCGCUAA